AUGUCGAAGCCUUUCACUUGCGGCGCUUGCGCAAGCGUGUUCCCAGGCCAGCUGCCGAUUGACCCAAACCGACUGGAAGAGUUGGUAGCUGCCAAGCUGAGCCACUGGGUUUACAGCGCAGAUGAUGUGUCUGAACCUCUCCCGGAAAUUCCUGGUAUCUCGCUUUCUGCAGACUGUCUUCGGGAAGACUUGCACACCGGCAGCGUGAAGGUGGCGCUUGUCACUGCAGAAUUGCCAGGAAGACACCGGACACUCUUCGUGGUGUUCAAAGGAAGCUCAUAUUUGCUUGACUUCAUUAACUGGAAUUUGGAACAUGACUACGAAGUCAUUGGCGACGGCACGCACUUCAUGCACAAAGGCGCUGCAGGAAUCAUGCGCAACCUGUUUUUCCUCAAAGUUCAAAAAGCUUCGUCCUUUGCCAAGCAGCUGGAUGCUGCUUACAACGGCGGGGUUCGGCAUUUGGUGUUGACGGGCCAUUCUUUGGGUGGAAUGUAUGCGAUGUGCAGCAUGUACUUCAUCUGGCGUGAGAUGCAGACAUUGGUUCCAGAGCGGAGUAACCUUAGAGGUCCAGGCCGUGCUCUCCUUCGUGUGGCUCGCUGCGUUGCUUUCGGGGCGCCCAUGUGCUUCGGUCAGGACAACACAAACGAGCCCACAGACGAGAAGUACAGCAAGUUCGAGACCUUCUUCAAAGAGAAAGCGGUAAACUUCAUCAAUGCAGGGGACCCGUGCCCGCGGGCCUGGUCCGCUGUGGAUCCACGGGCGGUGAUCCGAGAGGCCGCUGAGGCCAUGAAGGAGCAGCUCAAGGAGCGAAGCUUGGUGAGCCGGCAGAUCGCCACCCGUGUGAUUCAGGCUCUCUCCAGCGCUCUGCUCGCCCGGCCCGACAUGGACCGCCACAUUGCGGGCUGCGCUGCGGGCUUCCACCAUCUCUCAAGCAUUCGUCUGUUGAGCCGGGAGGACCGGCCUUCUUUUCAUUGGAAGCGGGACUUCCGUCUAAGCCGACAUGGCUUCGCAGACCACGCCAUGUCCGAGUACUGCGCGUUGCUGUUUGAUGCGUGCUAUGCCGACCAGCCAACAUGUCACAUGUACGAUGACGAUGAUGCCGGGACAAAGAUGCCCCUGACUCGCAUCCGGCCUAGUUUCGUGGCCCGACUACGGCGGUCCAACUCCGAUUCCGGGACGUUGGAAGCUGAUCCGGCAGAGUCCACGAACCCAUCCGAGCCCACGGCGACUGCAAGCUCAUCGUCGAUUUCUCCUGCCUCGGAGCCGCCAUCGCUGCAAGAGCUGGUUGAGGCUCUCGAGCAGGGCAGGAUGAAUGCCCUGGAGGGCAAGUCCGUUUGGGAGGCCUUGCUGAGCUACAAGGCCAAGGCCACCAGUCAGGGCCACUUCUCCCUCGGCUCGACCUGGAUUCGAUUGGAUGAUCCGAUCCCCAGGGAGACGGUGACCAAGGCCAUUCACAAAUACCAGAACACCUGGCCAGAAACCUUGGAGGCCAAGGGCCGUUUGCAGAUGGCACUCCGCGAAGCGCAGCUGCUGCUGCUGGCCUUGGAUGCCUAUAGCUCGCAGAAGGUGCAAGCUGGCGAGAGCUCGGAGAAGGCGUGGUCCUGGCAUUCGCGAAGGCCUUCUUCACGAUCCUACGUUUCCGAGUCCAAUGAAGGGACCACAAUCAGCUUUUGGAGGAAGCCAUCGAUGGGAUCGUCCAUGCUUGGCUUCAGACCCUGGAGAAGAAAUGGGUAG